AUGGAUCAACGUUGUUAUAGUCCAUCACCGAACUGGUAUGGACCAAAAUCACCAAAAUGUUGUGGAGCAUUCAUUGGUAAAAUACCACGUGAUUGGUUUGAAGAUGAACUAGUUCCUGUAUUUGAACUAGUCAAAAAAAUUUUAUCUGUUUCGAUUAAUGGUGGAUGUAAAAUAUUAAGCGUUUGUUUCAGUAUUGAUAAUUGUCAUUUAUUCAUCGGUGUUAUACCUAAAUUGAAAGCAAAAGAUGAAUAA